AUGUCUGACGGAAGGAAAAAGUACGCCGUCGUCGGCACCGGUGGCCGCUCUGGCUUCUUCUACUCUGCCAUCGCCAAGGACUACAGCGCAACAUCCUGCAUCGUUGCCCUCUGCGAUACCAACCAGACGCGCAUGAACUAUGCAAACGCCAGGCUCGCCUCUCUCGGUCAUGGCGAGGUGCCGACCUUCCUCGCCGCCGACUUUGACAAGAUGAUUCAGGAGACCAAGCCCGACGAGGUCAUCGUCACGACCAUGGACCGCACCCACAACAAGUACAUCGUGCGAGCGAUGGAGCUCGGCUGCAACGUCAUCACCGAGAAGCCCAUGACCAUCGACGCCCCUAGGUGUCGCGAGAUCUUCUCCGCCGUCGAGCGCACCAAGCAAAACGUCCGCGUCACGUUCAACUACCGCUACGCCCCGCACAACACCAAGAUUUUCGAAAUCAUCCGAUCGGGUGCCAUUGGCAAGGUGACGAGCGUCCACUUUGAGUGGAUGCUGAACACGAGCCACGGCGCCGACUACUUCCGCCGCUGGCACCGCGACAAGCGCAACAGCGGCGGCCUCCUCGUCCACAAGUCGACCCACCACUUCGACCUCGUCAACUUCUGGCUGCAGUCCCGUCCCCAGACCGUCUACGCCACUGGCGACCUCGCCUUUUACGGCCGCGAGAACGCAGAGGCCCGCGGCGUCACCGAGUUCUACACACGCACACACGGCAGCGACGUCGCCAAGAAGGACCCCUUUGCCCUGCAUCUCGAGAACAGCGAGGCCCUGAAGGGCAUGUACCUGGACGCCGAGCACGAGGACGCCUACUACCGCGACCAGAGCGUAUUCGGCGACGGCAUCAGCAUCGAGGACACGAUGAACGUCCUCGUCAAGUACCGCAGCGGCGCGAGUCUGACCUACUCCUUGACGGCCUACGCCCCAUGGGAGGGCUUCCGUGUCAACUUCAACGGCACUGGCGGCAGGCUCGAGGUGGAGGUUGUCGAGAACAGCUACGUCAACUCUGGUGGUGACCAGGCCGACGAGGGGUCGCUCGAGAAGAGAUCCAUCGUGCUGAGAAAACUGUUCGAGAAGCCCCAGGAGAUUGAGCUCGGUGAGAGUGUUGGUGCCCACGGUGGUGGCGACACGGUGCUGCUGAACGACCUCUUCGGCGAGCCCGUGUCGGACGAAUACAUGCGGGCUGCAAGUCACGUUGACGGCGCCGCGUCUAUCCUGACGGGCAUUGCGGCGAACCGCUCCAUCGCGACAGGGCAGGUCGUUAAUGUCGAUGACAUCCUGCAGGUGCCGGAGAAAUAG